CUGUGUAACGUUCUUUCCGUUCCGACGCAGUUCUCCUUCCGCCCGGUGCUUUUUUUUCUACCUUGCGGCCCACGUGUGGAAUUAAUUCAUUUUAAAAGCAACUAAAAGCUUUUUUCAUAAAAGUGUGGACCAAAUGGCGGCGACUAAUGAGCAGAUGAAGACGAACGUGGGGAAACUCCUGCGGGGAAUCGACAGGUAUAAUCCAGAAAACCUCGCAACGUUGGAGCGCUACGUUGAGACGCAAGCCAGAGAAAAUGCCUACGACCUGGAAGCCAACCUGGCCGUCCUGAAGCUGUACCAGUUCAACCCCGCCUACUUCCAGACUCAGGUGACAUCACAGAUUCUGCUGAAGGCUCUGACCAACCUGCCACACACCGACUUCACUCUCUGCAAGUGCAUGAUCGACCAGACCCACCAGCAAGAGGAACGCCCCAUAAGACAGAUCCUGUACCUCGGGAACCUGCUGGAGACCUGCCACUUCCAGAGCUUCUGGACGAGUCUCGAGGAGAACAGAGAGCUCAUCGACGGCAUCACCGGGUUUGAAGACUCUGUCCGGAAGUUCAUCUGCCAUGUGGUGGGCAUCACCUACCAGACCAUCGAGCACCGGUUACUGGCUGAGAUGCUGGGAGACCCUCUGGACACGCAGGUGAAGAUCUGGAUGAAUAAAUACGGCUGGACGGAGAACGAUGAAGGUCAGAUCUUCAUCUUCAACCAGGAGGAGAGCGUCAAGCCCAAGAACAUCGUGGAGAAGAUCGACUUUGAGAGUGUGUCCAGCAUCAUGGCUACAUCUCAGUGAUGCAAACUCAACAUACACACACUCACAGAGACACACACACUCACACACACUCAUCAGCUGUAAUAGAUUUAACCGGGUCAAUUUCAUAACCACACUUUUCUCAAUAAAGGUAAUUUAUCAUUUCCA